GUUGGGAAGCGGGGCGUCCGCUCGAUAGAGCGCCACCCACCAGCUCUAGCGGCUGCCUCGCCUGCAGCGCCCCCUACCGGACCGGCGGGGGAGGGGGAGGACGCAGCCACGCUCACGCUCCCCGCCCCGGUAGCGCGCACGCGUCACCGCCUGCGCCGGAGCACAGCGAUGGAGGGUGCGCUGUAUGACGGGCUGCCCCAGGAGGCGGCGAAGGAGCUGCGCCUGCAGCCCCAAGGGUCAGAGGAGGCCAGAGCGUUUGUGAGCGCCUUCCUGAAGCGCAGCAUGCCCAAGAAGAAGGAGGAAGCCAUCCAGGACGUGUUGACGCGGAAGGCCGUGGUUCUGGAGCACCGCUGCAGGAGGAGGAAAAAGCCGAAGAGGAGGAAAACAAAAACCUUCACGGCCAAGCAGAGGCGGGAGCUGCGCCUGUUUGAAAUCGAGCCCGAGCAGCAGAGAUACGAACUCUUUCUACCACUACAUGAACUCUGGAAGCAGUAUAUCAGAGACCUAUGUUAUGGACUUAAACCAGAUGCGCAACCACAGAUGGUUCAAAGCAAACUGCUAAAAGCUGACCUCCAUGGAGCUGCUGUUACAGUCACAAAAUCCAAGUGCCCAUCUUACGUUGGGAUAACAGGAAUAAUUCUACAGGAAUUUAAACAUGUCUUCAAAAUUAUUACUAAAGACAACAAAUUAAAAGUUGUUCCCAAAAUUAACAACGUAUUUAGCUUGGAGACUGAUGGAUUCAUUUCCUACAUCUAUGGAAGCAAGUUCCAGCUUCGAGCAAGUGAGCGGUCUGCAAAGAAGUUCAAGUUGAAAGGAACUAUUGACCUAUGAUUUCAUAGCAAAUCAAAAGGAAACUUAAGAUGUCUGCUGUUUUCCUGCAGUUUAAUAAACAGGUUUUCUGGCAGACUGAAAAUAGAGUUAACUAGUAGAAACUUUUCUUAAGUUUUUCUUCGUACUGAAGAAUGGUUUCUCCUGUCUUUAAAGCAGUCUGUCAAACUGCUGGAAUCUUAGUUGCAUCUUUUUGUAAACUGUGUGUAAUGUUCUGCUUUCUAUUAAACUUGUGAUUAGUACUGAU